AUGUCGGGAAGAGGCCGAUCAAAUAAAGGUAGUAGCGCCGGUGGUGGCCAUCGUGGUGCAAAACCAGGUAGUAAGCAAGUGAUGAGCACGGGUGGAACGGCUGACCCGGAGACCUCUCACGUUGGCCGGUCGUGCCGAGUUUGUCGCGGAGAAGACGACGAGGAAAUGGUGAGCUGCGACAAGUGUCUCCAAUGGUUUCACUUCAGCUGUGUUGGAGUCACGCAGGAUAUCGAAGAUAUGUCUUGGAGCUGUGUAGGUUGUACAAACCCGAACCCGGUUUCGGGGUCCAACUCGAAUCCAGAUGGAACAAAAGAAACAACCUUGCCUGUUGUUCCUGUACUUUCGAAUUCGGAUCCCAACAACGCGCAGACACUUAAGGUCAGUAAAGUUAAAUCGGUUGUAUCCCAUACGUCCAGCAGAACCUCGCAUGUUCUCGCCAAACUAAAGCUGCAAAAGUUAGAGGAGGAACGUGCUCUGAAUGCAAACAAGCUGGAGGAGGAACGCUUGCUAAACGCGAAGAAAACGGAGCAAGAAAGAACGUACUUGGAGGAGAAAUAUAAAUUGCUGGAAGAACUAGCUAAUGAGACGGGAUCAAAUUUAAGUAGCGCAGGAAGUGCCGUAAGAGAGUGGGUAGAUGGCCAACAAGUUUCUGAUUUCGUCCCAUAUGCUCACUCCAGUCGACACUCUCAUCAGGAAAGCCAGCAAAGAGCUGGUACGAUUUCCCGUACGAACCAUCGAUCAGCAUCGGAUAUCGCGGCGUCGGUGCACCACGAAAACCCAUACCACGGAUAUUCCGCCCAACGCGAAGAAGAUCGCGGUUCAUUGACUAGUAAGCAGAUAGCGGCGCGGCAUGCUAUCUCGAGGGAUCUGCCUCAGUUUUCCGGCAACCCCGAGGAAUGGCCUCUCUUCCUAGCAACAUUCAACAGUACGACGGCUAUGUGCGGUUUCACGAACGACGAGAAUAUUUUCCGAUUGCAACGGAGCUUAAAAGGACGAGCUUAUGAAGCGGUAAAGAGUCGGCUAGUACAUUCUUCCAACGUCCCCGGUGUGCUGAAAAUCUUAAAGAUGAUGUUCGGGCAACCGGAAGCCAUAAUUAACUCGCUCAUCGAAAAAAUCUGCGCUCUGCCACCCAUAAGGGAAGACAAGUUUGAGACACUUGUGGACUUUGCUGUUAGCGUGGAGAAUUAUUGUGCGACAGUGGACGCCUGUGGCUUGGAAGAAUAUCUGUACAACGUUACACUCCUGCAUCAGCUUGUCAACAAACUGCCACCCACGAUGAAGCUAAACUGGGCGCAACAUCGGCAGUCUCUUCCGGCUGUCAACUUGGCGGCAUUCAGUACCUGGAUUUACACCAUAGCCGAAGCGGCAAGUGCUCUGAUGUGCCCAAGCAACAUGAGUAUCAAGCCAACACAGAGCGAGUCCCGCAGUACUGCAAAGAAAGGGAACUUUUUGAACGCACAUUCUGUGAAUCCCAGCGCAAAUGGAUCAAACGAUGUGUGCUUGGUGUGCAAAGCUGAUUGUAAGACCAUCGACAAGUGCAAACGUUUCCUGGAGCUUUCUCGGGAUUCAAGGUGGGCCAUUGUACGAGAGUUCUCGCUCUGUCGGCGAUGCCUUUGUCGUCACGACGGUAUGUGUCAAGCAAAAGUCUGUGGAAAAAAUGGAUGCCAAUACAAGCAUCAUGCAUUGCUUCAUAACGACCAGAGGCAGCAUUCAUUGGCUACUGAAGGGACGUCCAAGAGCUCGACAUCAAUAUCAUCAGAAAAUACCAACGAAUUUCCAGAACCGAAUUCAACGGUGACGCAUGGAUGUCACACACAUCGAACAAAAACCAGCGACACAUUGUUCCGCUACCUACCCGUAAUGCUUCAUGGAGAGCGUAGAUCUGUGCGAACUUACGCAUUUCUUGAUGAUGGAUCAGCCCUUACACUGCUAGAUGAAGAGCUGGCUGACGAACUUGAGCUGGAAGGAGAAAUUAAGCCAUUGUGUCUGCACUGGACCAGUGGAACACAGCGUCAUGAAACGAACUCACGUGUCGUUGAACUACAAAUAGCUGGUAUUCACAGUGGUGCUAAGAGCUAUACCAUCAACGGUGCCCGCACAGUGAACGAACUAAUGCUCCCAUUCCAAACAAUGGACAUCAAGGAACUGUCGCAGGUCAACCCCUACCUGCAAGGACUACCGAUUGCAUCAUACCAGGGCGUUCGACCACGAAUUUUGAUCGGACUUAAAGAUUUGCACCUUAGUAUGAUUCUUAACUGCCGCGAAGGCAAACCGAGUCAACCGAUCGCAGUAAAGACACGUUUAGGUUGGACGGUCUGCGGAGGUGGGAGCACCGAUCUAGCAUCAAGCCCAGUACACUCCGUCUACCAUAUUAGUAAUUGCGAUUUGGAUAAGACGGAUGAAGAUCUGCACAAGGCGAUGAAGGAUUAUUUCUCUCUGGAUAGUCUAGGAAUCACGAAGCCGCAUAAAGUGCUGCUUUCUGUCGAGGACCAAACAGCACUGUCUCUUCAACAAUCUUUGACCAGAUUCACGGGACAACGCUACGAAACGGGCCUACUAUGGCGCUCAUACAAUCUGCGUCUGCCGGAUAGCCAAGCGAUGGCUCUGCAUCGUUUUCAAUGCCUGGAGAAACGUAUGGUCAAGGACAAAGCACUCGCCGAAACUCUGACUCAAAAAAUAGCUGAUCACUUGAGUAAAGGCUAUAUUCGGAAACUGACAGAGAAUGAGCUACAGCAGUCGUACCAGCGUACAUGGUAUCUUCCAGUAUUCCCGGUCACGAAUCCGAACAAACCCGGGAAGGUGAGAAUGGUGUGGGACGCAGCAGCCAAGGUACACGGAGUCUCUCUCAAUUCGGCACUGCUCAAAGGCCCCGACCUACUGUCCUCGCUGUACACCGUGUUGAUCCGCUUUCGUGAGAGCCCUAUUGCCUUGACUGGUGACAUCAGGGAAAUGUUUCACCAGGUUAUGAUUCGGGAACCGGACCAGCAGUGCCAACGCUUUUACUGGAGGGAUGAAAAUGGGCAGCUUGCGGUCUUCGUGAUGAGAGUUAUGACUUUUGGCGCUUGUUGCUCUCCGAGUUGUGCCCAGUAUGUGAUGAACAUGAAUGCAGAUCGCUUCGCGCAGAUAUAUCCGGCAGCCACAGAAGUCAUUAAAAAACAGCAUUAUGUAGACGAUAUGUUAGUGAGCGUCGACACCGAAGAAAAGGCGAUCAAACUUGCACAGGACGUAGCAUUCGUGCACUCGCAAGGCGGAUUUGAAAUCCGCAAUUGGGCCAGCAACUCUCAAAGUGUCUUGAAAGCAUUGCAGGAGAACAACACCACCGACAAGAAUUUGGACCUUUCGCCAGAAAUUGCCACGGAAAAGGUGCUGGGCAUGUGGUGGUGUACCGAAGCAGAUGUUUUUACCUUUAAGGUCGGUUGGGAUCGCUACGACCGUGACCUAUUAGAAGGUCAUCGUCGGCCAACGAAGAGAGAAGUACUGCGAGUUCUGAUGACGAUAUUCGACCCUCUUGGGCUUAUCGCUCCGUUUCUCGUCUAUUUGAAGAUUCUGUUGCAAGAAGUUUGGCGCUCCGGAAUUCAAUGGGACGAUAAGGUUGACGACAACAUUCUCACAAAAUGGCGAAUCUGGCUGAGAGGACUGCCUCAAGUCGAACAAGUACAGAUUCCGCGAUGCUUGCGCUCAAACUUCACCCGCGACUACGAACAUGUCCAAUUACACACAUUCGUGGACGCGAGUGAGAACGCGAUGGCCGCUGCUUGCUACUUGCGUUUCGUACAGAACGGAGUCGUCCGAUCCUCCCUCGUCGCCGCCAAAACUAGAGUCGCACCGCUGAGAUACCAUACGAUUCCGAGACUAGAGUGUCAAUCUGCAGUCAUCGGUGUGAGACUCGCUCGGUCGAUCGUCGACUCAUUGUCCUUUCCCGUAGAUAAGCUCUUCUACCACACGGAUUCCAGAGACGUGAUUUGCUGGUUGAACUCCGACCAUCGCCGAUAUUCCCCAUUCAUCGCAUCUCGGGUGAGUGAGAUUUUGGAAGCUACAGAGGUGAAUCAAUGGCGCUGGGUCCCGACCAAACUUAAUGUCGCAGAUGAUGCUACAAAAUGGGAGAAAUCGCCAGACAUGACCCCCAGUUCGAGAUGGUACAACGGCCCGGAAUUUCUCUGGCUACCGGAAGAAGCUUGGCCACAUCAAUUGGUGAAGGGAAGCAAAACCGACACUGAACUCCGUCCGAGUCUGCUAGUUCACUUAAUAAAGCCAGACACUUCAAUAAAGGUCUCCAGUUGGAAGCGGAUGAUUAACGUUGCCAUUGUUGUUCAUCGUUUCCCAGCAAACUGUCGCCUGAGGAAACAGAAUAGGCCCAUCGUAUGUGGACCCCCUACAUCGGAAGAAUUGCUGGUCGCUGAACGUUACGUGAUACGCCAAGCUCAACGAGAAGCCUAUCCAGACGAAGUAUCCAUCCUUCUGAAACCGAGUGGGGUAUCCAAUUCGUCCGUGCUAAAAGCCAGCUCCCUGUAUAAAUUAUCACCCUGGUUGGACGAACAUGGUCUGAUGAGAAUGCGUGGUCGAAUAAGCGCCUGUGCGUUGGCUACUGAAGACGCCAAGAAUCCAAUCAUUUUACCCCGUAACCAUCACACGACUACGCUCAUAAUUGCACACUACCACAACAAAUAUCAUCACCAAAACCACGAGACAGUUAUGAACGAAUUGCGGCAAAGAUUCCGGAUUCCCCGACUACGUACCGCUUACGCAAAAGUGCGCAAAGACUGCCAACGUUGCAAAAACAACCGCUCAAUUCCGCAGCCACCAACGAUGGCUGAUCUCCCGUAUGAAAGACUCGAUGUUUUUGCUCGUCCAUUCACGCAUGCAGGCAUUGAUUACUUCGGACCGCUGGAAGUAGUCGUAGGUCGCAGGGUGGAGAAACGUUGGGGUAUGUUAGUCACGUGCAUGACUACUCGGGCGAUCCACAUUGAGAUCGUACACACGCUUAAUACUGACUCGUGUAUCAUGGGUCUCCGCAACUUUGCAGCUCGCCGAGGAACUCCAAGAACAAUCAACAGUGAUCGUGGAACCUGUUUCAUCGGGGCGAAUCGAGAGUUGCAGGAAGCAGCAAAGCAGGUCAAUAUGGAAGACGUUAUGAAAGAGUUCAACAGUGCAGAGACCAGCUGGAAGUUUAACCCUCCUUUGUCGCCGCAUAUGGGCGGCAGUUGGGAGCGUCUAAUCGGAGUAGUGAAGCGGAAUCUGAUGUCGAUUUGUCCAUCGAGGAAGCCCAACGACGAAAUACUCCGGAAUCUACUGACCGAGAUCGAGAACACCGUGAACUCACGGCCGCUGACCCAUGUUCCGGUAGACGACGAAUCUGCUCCUGCUCUCACACCGAAUCACUUCCUCCUAGGAUCUUCUGAUGGUACAAAACCGCUGUGUACCUUCAACGAUAGCGGUGAUGUGUUGCGGAGGACUUGGCGAACAUCACAGGUGUUGGCGAACCAAUUUUGGAAACGUUGGUUGAGCGAUUACUUACCAGAGAUCACCCGUAGGACAAAGUGGUAUGUCGACACAAAACCAAUCGAAGUUGGUGACGUAGUAGUAAUUGCCGACCCCAAUCUACCUCGAAACUGCUGGCCCAAAGGGAAGAUUAUCGGUACUAAUAUCAGUAAGGACGGCAAAAUCAGAGCAGCGACUGUAAAAACUGCGAAUGGUGUCUACGAGCGCCCGGUGGUCAAGCUGGCUGUGUUAGACGUACGGCGCGAUCAGUUGUAA